UUCCUCUUACAAUUCCGCGUCUUGGUCAUCUGGCAUCACUGUUUAUAUGCUACACGUGCAUUGAUGUGAUUGAAUUUAUUCCAAAAGUGACUGCGAAAAACGGCUUAAAAAGCUGAAUUUGGGCUAUAUUCCCACCCACAGACUGUGCCGAAGCACUGACGGUUAAUAGAGUCCACGUCCCCCCGAAAUACCAUGAUCUUCGACGACCGACUGGAGCUCCAGUUCCUGGCUGGCGGCAACAUCGUGGAACAUGCGCCCGUCUUCUCCCCCGAUGGAAGGUUCAUGUUCGUACGGUGCCUGACCAAGGUACAGGUGUAUGCCACCAGCACGGGCGAGCUCACUAGAGUGCUCGACGAUGCCAAGGCGCCACUGAUAAGUUUGGAGCUGGAUUUAAAACAGCCGGAACUCCUGAUUGGUUGCACUAGUACUGGGGAUCUGCUGCGCUGGAACUGGGCGGCUGGCGUGCUGAAGCAUUCCACAUCCCUGAAAUUGUGCGCCGAGGGAAACACCACGGUUCUAACGUGCCACCUCCUGAACCUCUACAAGGGCGGCGAAACAGCCUGCGCCUUUGUGACAUCCAGGAAGAGGAGCGGUGCUGCAGUCAACUAUGCUGUGGUCAACACCAGCACGGGCGAGACUGUGCCUGUAAACUGCGGGCUGAAAUUAAAAAUACGCACACCCCUGGUGGAUGUGGGCAAGGGCCAGUUCAAGUACAUUGUCCUGGCUCAAGGAAUGUACGUCUACUUCGUCAAUUAUGUGUCCUGGAACUUUGUCCGCUUCAAGAGCGCCAACCAGAACCUGAUCACCUGUGUGCGAAUGAGUGCCUGCGAGAAGGUGGCCGCCACUGGCGACUCUUCUGGUCAGAUCUUCGUGUGGCGCGAGUUCGAGAACCAAAAGACGAUGACAAACAGACUGUUCCACUGGCACCACACCGAGGUGACCAGUCUGGCCUUCUCGCCCUCCGGCGUCAGUCUCUACAGCGGCGGGCAUGAGUGUGUGUUGGUCAAGUGGCCGCUGGCCAUGCCUGAGAAGCGGAAGUACGUACCCCGGAUGGCCAGUGUGAUCCGGCACAUAGUGGUCAGCAAUGACAGCGAAAAUGUCCUGGUCUGCACGGAGGAUAAUGCCAUUCAGCUGCUGAGCGGCAGCAGUCAUACGAUAAAGUCCACUGUCCAGCACUUUACGUACGAGACGCAGGAUAAGACCGGAAGGAGCAAGUUUCCUUUGGGCCUGUGCCUCAAUCCCAGGACGAAUUCCCUGGUGCUGAAUGGUAGGACGGGACAUUUGCAGUUCUAUUCCGCUUACAACAAGAGUAUGCUUUACAAUCUUCGAGUGGUGGACAGUAACAUUCUCAGUCAGGAGGCUAAUCGUAUUAUCUACAAUACUAGGAUAUCCAAGGCCGCUUUUAACAUCAAUUGGAUGGCCACUGGGGAGGAGUACAAUGACCUGGAGAACUUCCCGGAAGUUCGCCUUAAGUUCUGGCAAUUCAACGAGAAACUGCAGAGCUACAUCCUCAAUACGGAAGUGGACCUACCUCACGAGCAUGGUUUCCAGUCCAUCAUCUUCUCCAAUCAGUUCCAAGUGGACAACUUGCGCUGCGCCACCGCCGGCAGGGACAAUGUGGUUAAAGUCUGGGGCCUGACCGACUCGGAAAACAUUUAUAAGCGAGGGAAUAUGUGGAGCUGCCUGGCACAGACGAGUUACAGAAACCUGCCCGUUGGUUCGCUCUGCUUCUCGCAGGAUGGCUCGCUUCUGGCCGUGGGCUAUGGAAACAUUCUAGCCCUGUACGACUCAAGGAAUCCCCACUUGCCACUGCAGACGCUCAGUUGUCCGCCCGGCUUGGAUGGAGUGAUCUCCAAAGCGCAGCUCAGAUUGGCCCAGAAUCCCCUAAACGGAGCGAGGAAAGAGUUCGCCCAAAGGAGGCAACAGUUGUGGGCCCUGCUAAACAGCAUCCUGAACAGUAACGACGAGAAACUAGUGCAACAGGCCAAGGAAUUAAUAGCAGGUCUCCCGGCGAAAGGCAAACUCCUCAACCAACCGGAUGACACCCAAAAGGAGUCGGUUUUCAAUUACAUUAUGAAGAUGUCCGAGCUGGGGCUGCAUCAGAAGUUGCAGCUUCUGCGUCGCUUUGGAAUACAGUGCUCGGUGCCCGCUGUUCAUCAGCAGCGGCUAAUGGAGCACCUGCAGCAGAGAGUGGUGCAUCCCCACGCAGCUAAGAUGAAAAUCCGUAAGCUGGACGCCCGCCUCCAUCGCCUGCACACGAGGCAUCGCUUCAAAGCCAAGCAGCGGCUGGACGAGUUGGCCAAGCGGCGGCAGAACUUUGAGGACCUGGUGCCGCAGGAGCUGAUGGCUCUGUUCAGUGUCCUGAAGCUGGACGAGAGUAGCCAACCGAAACAGAAAAAUCCCAGCAAGAAGCUCAAGUUGGACGAGAAGGGCCAAUCCCAGCCGGCUGUAAAGAAAAUAACCGCGAAGGCGGCUCCUCUGCAGAGAUCGGCUCAAAUCUCGCAUGUGCAAUUCGGGGCGGGGAAUCAGGCCCACCUCGUGGCAGUCUGCACCGAGUCCAGGGUGCUCAUCUGGAACUUGCUGACACUGCGACUCCAGGCGGGCCUGAAACUGUCCGUGCGCCAGCUGGCCUUUGAUCCGCUGACCAAUCUAAUGGCUGUCAUCACGAAGAAUGACGAAUUACACGUUUUCCAACCGAAUGUCCCACUGCCCCUGUACCAGCGCAGCAAUCUGCCCAAGACCUAUGGCCUGGCCUGGCUGCCUCGGAGACAGCCGAAGCAGACCUCCAUCAACGUGGACUGGCAAGCACAGUCGACCCUGCUGAUGCUCACCCACUCCCAGGAGAUAGCCUACCUGGCGCCGCAUGGCCACAGUCCCUCGGAUGAUGCCCCCGCCCCGAUCAGCUUCGCCCAGCCGGCUGAUGCUGAGAAUCUUCUGAGGCAUGCCACAUUCGGUAUCCACGUGACGAAACGGCAGCAGGCGUCGGAAGACUCGGAGAAGAGGAGUGGUCCCCUAAUCAUUGGACGUGGAGAACACAGUGCAGUUAAUGCGUUUGUCAAUCUGUCCGCCCACACGAUGCCAUCCAUGAGCCUGAUUUGCGGCGAAUUCGUCAAGUCUCUGCUCACCCCGGCGGACACAGCCUCGAGACACUCUUCGCAGCCCGGAGGCGAUCGCGGAGUCACCAACGGGGAUUCCAAUGGCAUCAACGGCAAUGGUCUGUCGCACGCCGAUAGCGACGAUGAUGAGGAGGAGGAGGCCUUCGACGAGGAGGACUUGGAGGAGGGUGAAGUGAGGAGGCCCAGAGUAGGAGCCGCCAGAAAAACAUUGCUGGAACAGAACGAGAAGCUGGAGGAUCAGCUAUCCGGCCUAGAUGUAGACCAACAGGCCUUGGACAAUCGAUUGAAAAUAAUUGGGGCGCUGAGAACCAAACUAAAGUUAUGAACAUAAUCAAAGUUAGUAGUUGUUUUCUGUAGAAAAGAAAAGUUUUAAAUUCUUUUAUUUUUUAUAAGACAUUCAUAAUAAAAGUGCUUGUGAAAAAAUAUGUUUUCUUU